GAGACAGCGAGUGGGAGGCAAGCUUUGUGUGGAGAAACAGAAUGAACGGGUUGUUAUUUUAGGCUAGGGCAUUAAUUCACUUGUUUAAUAUUUCCUUCCAUACACAUGUGAAGUGAUAUUUUAAGGGGUUUGGUACUGAGAAAGGUUUACAUCUCUAUGGCAACAUCGACAUAUCAAAUUAUCAUCACCUCCGCAAGGAAAUAACGGGCAGGGCUGCUGCUGCUGCUGCUGCUACUGGUAUAUUUAUUUAUUUUCCCUCAUGCGUCCUGCAACGUUGUGGGAAACGCGAUCGAGUCAGGCAGCGAGAUCUGAUUUAUGAUGGAUUAAUGAUCGUGUGAGCUGCAUAUGAAAGAAAGGCUUCCAAUGCUGAAUAUGUCCACUCCCAGCGACCUCAAGUCUCCCUGCGUGACGCGGAACGGCAUGGUCAAGCUGCCCCCCCAGCCCAACGGCCUCGGUUCGGCCAGCAUCACUAAAGGCACUCCAGCUGCCAAGAAUCGCCUGUGCCAGUCGUCCUCCGUGCCCACCAUCUUGCCUCCCCCUAGCCUGCCCUAUCACCUGGAGCCCCUGCCCACAGCGGCCUCACUGCUGGGCCCGGACCUGGACACGAGCCCCGUGACUGCCAUCAAACCUCCCCUCCGGCAAUUUCCCAAGCCCCUGCUGGAGAGACAACUGGUGCUGGAUGAGAAGGUGCUGAACCGGCUCUUGUGGUACUUCACCACGGCAGAAAAGUGCAUUCUAGCCCAGGUGUGCAAGACGUGGCGUAAGGUGCUCUACCAGCCCAAGUUCUGGGAAGGUGUGACGCCCAUUCUGCAUGCCAAGGAACUCUACACGAUCCUGCCCAAUGGGGAGAAGGAGUUUGUUAGCCUGCAGGCUUUUGCUCUCAGAGGCUUCCAGGCCUUCUGUCUGGUGGGGGUCUCGGAUUUGGACAUUUGUGAGUUCAUCGACAACUAUCCGCUGUCGAAGAAGGGAGUCAAGUCUGUCAGUCUAAAGAGGUCGACUAUAACAGAUGCGGGGCUUGAGGUGAUGCUGGAACAGAUGCAGGGUCUGAUGCACCUUGAACUCUCCGGCUGCAAUGAUUUCACAGAAGCAGGCCUGUGGUCCAGCCUGAACGCGCGGCUUACCUCUCUCAGCGUCAGCGACUGCAUCAACGUUGCAGACGACGCCAUCGCCGCCAUUUCUCAACUCCUUCCCAACCUGUCGGAGCUCAGCUUGCAGGCCUAUCAUGUGACCGACACGGCCAUGGCCUACUUCACCGCCAAGCAGGGCUACACCACCCACACGCUGCGCCUGAACUCCUGCUGGGAGAUCACCAACCAUGGCGUAGUUAACAUGGUGCACAGCCUGCCAAACCUCACCUCCCUCAGCCUGUCAGGCUGCUCGAAGAUCACCGAUGAUGGUGUGGAAUUGGUUGCCGAGAAUCUGAGGAAGCUCCGGAGUCUGGAUCUGUCCUGGUGCCCCCGCAUCACUGACAUGGCCCUGGAGUAUAUCGCCUGUGACCUACACAAGCUGGAGGAGCUGGUUCUGGACCGGUGUGUGCGGAUCACAGAUACAGGCCUGGGUUACUUAUCUACCAUGUCAACUCUCAGAAGUCUCUACCUGCGCUGGUGCUGUCAGGUGCAAGACUUUGGGUUACAGCAUCUAUAUGGCAUGAGGAGUCUUCGUCUUCUCUCUCUAGCAGGGUGCCCUCUGCUGACCACUACUGGCCUAUCAGGCCUGAUCCAACUGCAGGAGCUCGAGGAGCUGGAACUGACCAACUGCCCGGGCGCCACAGCCGAACUCUUCAAAUACUACUCCCAGCAUCUGCCGCGCUGCAUGGUCAUCGAGUAGAGCAAAGAAUUUCAUGGGCACCAGCACCCACCACAUCACCAAAACCUCCUCCUACAGACUGAUGAUAAACCCAACUUCAUCCUGGACCCACAGGAAGAAUCAACAAAAGAAAAUUGAAUGGAAGUUUUUUUCUGGAGGGGUGAAAAGGGAUCAUUGACACGAAAGAUAAAAAGGGAAAUCUGAAAGAAAAGGUCGGAACGGGCCUGGACUGACGAGCGAGAGGGAAAAUGUGCAAAGCGCAGUGGGUCAGAGGCUAGAUCUUUCAUUAAAUAACAUGACACAUAGGAAUCAGCCCCCACACAUACAUGAAACAUGUUCCUCCACUGAACUGUGAGACUAGCUUCCACGUCUCAUCCAAAACUCUUUAUCUUGAAGUGACAAAGGUGUGCGCUGCCUGUUUGAGCUGUCUCUCAUAUCCAGGGAAAGGUGGAGAGGAACCGAAACGUUUAGGGCAAAGAACGAGGUUAAGGAGCCACUGCAACAGGGUCUCUUCGCUUUCCCUCAGUGGUGCUGCCGCUCCAUCUCUGCGUCUUAUCAAGGGAAAAGAUUGAGAACUUUAGAGAUGAACAGCUAUGUAGAUUUUCACAUCAACGCUACUUGCUUUUUGUCAUGCAGUUCUCUUUUUGUCUUUUUUUUUUUUAAAUAUUAUUUUUUUAAGUAUUAUUUUUGAUGAUAAGGAUUACUGUGAAACAAGUAUGGAAUGAGUUUGAGGUUUCGGACAUUUUUGAAUAAGAUGGAAAUCCAGGUACGGUGAAGGUACAGUAUUAAGAGGUACUGUCCUUUGAAAGGAACCAGCAUAAUCAGAAGUCAGGAGGUUAUUUUUUUCCCAGCAGAUUGCUCUUUUAAAGACAUUUCCAGAUAUUUUGAGUCGGGGAGAGAGCGGGGCGGAUCGGAACUGCUCAUACAUUUUAAUAUAGUUCAAAGGGACUGCGGUUUGUACAAAAGAUAGCUUGGCUUUUUCAUCUGCCUGUUUUAUUUUAAUUCCAUUUUGAUGUCAAUUGAUAUUAGUGGCUUAUGUGCAGGUUUCCAUAUUAAUCCUGAUUCAAAUGAAGAUGAGAUCUCCGAAUGAUCCCAUAAUGCAGAUGGGCCACAUGUGACAGCCUUUUACAGACUGAAACUGCACGUCAUUGCUUUCUUGUCACCAGGCCAAACCAUUACAGCAGUGGACAGCAUGGCAGUUCUACCAUAGUUUCUUACAGUACGGGCGCAGUGUCUCUUUCAGCCCGAGUGCUUUUAAAUACAUCUGAUGAAUACGGUUUACAGUGAUUUGCAUCAAAUGCAGAGGCAGGCCAGUGUAAUUAAAGUGAUCACAAACAUCCCACACAAGCUUAUUACAGUAGUCUCUCUUCAUCUAGCAGUUUUGCUUUCCCAUUAAGCAAUACCCACAUGUCUGCUGUUAGAUUAGCAGCGCCUCUUUUUAUUUUCAGAGGUUUUUCACAAUUGUGCUCAUCUGUGGAGCCUACCUCGUUGCAUCAUGGGGUAUGUGGAAUAUAGAUCUGCAGGGGAAUUUGCAGAAACCAGCCAUUUGUUCUUUUCCAAACCGCUAUGUUCCCCAUAUCGAACCCUGCAUUUGUCCUCUCAGGAGAUUAAUGUGCUGCUCAGAUCAUCUCAGAUGGGUCUGCUGUGAUGUUGAUGACCUUAACUUUACCCAGUCUCAAACGUAACAUGCAAAGUGGCAGAAAAAAGGUCUUAGAUUGGCGAAUAAUUUAUUUAAAAGCAACCCGUAAGUUCUAACUAGUGAAAUAUGUUUACCUCUGAAUAUUGUAAUCAUCUGUGGACAGAUAUGGUAGUAGUGCAUGUAGUUUGCUACUUUUCUCUUCAGGAAAUUGUACAGAAGUGUACUAGUGAGAUUUCAGGCAUGCUGCCCCACUCAAACCAUGGGUUUGGCUGGUUAGCGCCCCUGCUGGUAAAUGCCUGAACUACAUCAUCUGGAUGCAAAAAGCAUAUUUCUCCAUUGAUGGCUAUCCAAAACUAGCAACACAUUUUGACAUAAAAACUAUCUUUUAAUAACAAAGUGAACCGUAUUCAUUUUUCCCAAUCUUUCAGUAACCAGUUCUAAACAUUUGCACCUGCUGAUAAGGAACCUUUCCCUCUUAGCACACGUACAUCACAGAGACAUCUAUUUGACGUCUGUAUUUACAUCUGCAAGAUGGACGUUUCCUUUUAAAUGUCAAACAGAUGUCUAUUAGAUGUCUUUAAGAUGUUUAUGAUUUAGAAUGUAUGUAAAACUGACAUCUUACAGACGUCUGUCAGAUGUUUGUAGACAGCAGAUGCUUUCCAGAUCAAGUGAUCUUUAACAGACAUCUUGUAGACGUACGUGUGUCAUCUGAGAUACAUCUAUAGGACGUUUCAUAUCAGAUGUCAAAUAGACGUUUAUUAGAUGUCUUUAAGAUGUUUAGGAUUUAGAAUGUAUGUAAAACUGACAUCUUAAAGAUGUCUGUCAGAUGUUUGUACAUAGCAGAUGCUUUCCAGAUCAAGCGAUCUUUAACAGACAUCUUUCAGACGUACCUGUGCUAUCUGAGUUGUUUUGUGUACAGUUGAGAUGAAUGAGAAAUCUAAUUGAUUGCUACCCUGAUAGCACACAGCAUCACAGAGAUGUCUAUUUGACAUCUGCAUUUACAGCUGCAAGAUGUAUUUUUGGAGUGUUUGCUCAUCUCCAAUAUGUCUAUUGGACGUUUCCUACCAGAUUUCAAAUAGACAUCUAUUAGAUGUCUUUAAGAUGUUUAUGAUUUAGAAUGUAUGUAAAACUGACAUCUUCCAUAUGUCUGUCAGAUGUUUAUACACAGCAGAUGCUUUCCAGAUCAAGUGAUCUUUAACAGACAUCUUGCAGACACAUGUGUGCUAUCAGGGUAACUCCAAAAAGUGUACAACAAAACAGAUGGAAACCGUGUGGACUCUACCCUAUCCUACCAUAAAUUCUCUGUGCUUUAAAGAUAACAGAUUGUAUCUGCUAAAAGGCACAUUAGCAUAAACAUUAGCACUCACCUCAGACAGUCGAUCUCUCUUCUUGUAUAUAGUGACCUGUUUAAUGGGGGGUCACAGCUAAUCAGGGUUAGCGGCUGCUGCUUAUCCAGGCGAGAUCCCCUGAGACUUUUAAUCUCACUACCUUCUGUGACUUUAUCUUUUGAAUCAUUGAAUUUGUUAUGUAUUUAUUUGCUUUUACUUAUCAUUGGUAGUGGGUUAAUUUAUUGACACGAUGCACAUAUUUAUUUAUUUAUUAAUUACCUUUACGAGGAUUGUAUGAGGUUUAUUUAGAAGUAGAACAUGUUUUUGAUGGGCUUCCUGAGGAGACAGAAACUACUAUGGACAUUGGAGUUGAGUUUUAUUGUGAUUAAUUGAUUGACCCUUUUUUUGAAACAACGGUUUCGACAGUUAAAAUAACUGCUGUCUCUGAGGUACGUGUUUUUUGGCGGGCAGACUGUUGACGCGCAGCUGGAAGGGCAAUAACUUAUUGACAGAGGACAGGCUGACACUGAGUUGACUAACUUUUUAUUUAACCCUGCUCUGCCCAUUUUCUCGUGUUUGAUAACUAGUUCACCUCUUUUGUUUUUGGUGGUCAAAUGGAUGUAAGUUGAGAGACGCUGUCAUGAAGUCUAGUAAUAGUGAAUCGGCAUUGUGUCCAGGAUUGGAUGUUUAAAUAUUCUGCACCAGUUCAUAUGCCUGCUCUCAAAUUGUAGCUAUGUUUGGUUGUUUCCUGAUAACUAUUAGAAGACACAUUGCAGUAUUUACACUCACUCGAUCGUCGCAACUGGUUUUAUUCAAUAACAAAGAUCUGAAGGAAAUCCCAUCAAAGCGCUUUUCAUUUCGUAUGUCUCCAUAAUAGAAACAGAACCAUUUGAGAUGAUUAAAAUAAAGAGAGAUUAUUAAUAUAUCGCUGAGGGAUUGCAUAGUAUUUGAGGACAACUGUAUGAAACAGUCGGAGAUAUUGUAUUAAUCUUGUAUAAAUACUAUCGUUUUCACUUCAAAACCGAGCCUUUUCCCUCUUUGUAUAGAAUGAGAGUUUAUGUGUGUGGGAACUUUUUCACCUAAUAGAACCCUGAAUAUAAAUAUAAUAACUCAUGCACUAACCCCACUGUAAUCUGUAAAUAUAUAUCAAUGCGUCAAGGUCAUCUGUCAGAAGGUUUCAACUGUUUUUGAGGCUGCCUGACUCAGCGCGCACAUCCAUGCUGCCGAAGGAAACGAGUCAGCGGAGAAACCUGGUUAAGAAAGAGGCAAGAUAUGCAAAAAGGUUAAUGUCUUUUAGCGAUGAAUAACAUCAGCAAUCGAUAGUAUAAAAGACUUAAGCUUGUUUCACUUUGUACAUUGAGCUAAUAUCAAAGACGUGUUAAUACGGGAUAAUGCAAGAAUAUUAACAGAUGUUUAUCGUGUGUCAUUGACGUUGCGUGAUCGAGGGAGGGCUACUUUUUGUGAGUCAAUGAAAUACUGGUACUACUGUGUGAAUUUCGCUUUCUUACCAGACAAAUCCGGCUGGCAGGUAUGGAAUAGUUCUGUCUGAUUUACACUGUAAAUUUAAACCAUUUUCAAGGCCAGUUUCCAUGAAUAGUGCUCCUCUAUUCUUGCUCUCGGAAGGAGUUUUACUAGCUUACCACAUCCAGAGUGUGUUGGCAGUUUCUGUUCACCCUCCAGCUUGCUUUUAACUCUAAAUGUCUGGCGCUUCUAAUUGUUAAGCGAAUAGAAUAAAUCAUCUGUUCCUCUAACUCUUCCCAACUAACAUAUGUCAGGAUUGUUUCUUUUAUAAAAUUUGAGAACGACAUGACUCAACAACUCUUUUGUUGGCUCUUUGUAUGUACUUGUACAUGUAAUACUAAACCAAUAUUAGUAAUGCUUUUGACAUUCAUACAGGGUCCGUAACAACGACUUUUAUUCUGGUGCAAACACUUGGUUUGGGUGACUGUGGUUCAACAGCCUAAUGAGCAAUGUUAGAUAUCUGCCUCACACUGAUUUUCGAAAAUGUUUCUCUCAUUUAUUUGGGUUUUUUUUUCUCUGGUGUGACAUGGCCAUGUCACAGUUUUCAGUUCCUUAGGGUACAUUUCUUUCUGUAAAUACUGUUGUAGUGGUUAAUUUACAAUGAAAGAGAAAAAAGACAAAGUUUUAUGAACUCCAUCUCAUGGCUGCAGUGCCUUGUCAGACAAGCGUUGUUGUUUUCAGUUGGUUGGUUCCAGUCUGCACCGUUUUAGUAAAAGUUGUACAAAAUAAGCACCAUAUUUGCCUCAUUAAUUUUCUCUGACAUUAAAAGGCGUAGUUCACCCCAAAAUGCAUUUAAUGAUCAAACUGUACGACUUGCUUCUUUGGAACAACAUAUGUAACCCAGUCAUAGGGGACAAUUUUUUGUAAUUGAGAUUUAUACAUCAUCUGAAAGCUGAAUAAAUAAGCUUUCCACUGAUGUAUGGUUUGUUUGGACAAUAUUUGGCUGAGAUACAACUAUUUAAAAAUCUGAGGGUGGAAAAAAUAUCAAAAUCUUGAGAAAAUCACCUUUAAAGUUGUCCAAAUGAAGUUCUUAGCAAUGCAUAUUACUAAUCAAAAAUUAAGUUUUGAUAUAUUUACAGUAGAAAAUUUACAAAAUAUCUUCAUGGAACAUUAUCUUUAAUUAAUAUCCUAAUGAUUUUUGCCAUUUGGCUAUUGCUACAAAUAUACCCAUGCUACUUGAGUUAUGUAAUCAGAUUACUUUUUCAGGUAACUAGUAAAGUAAUGCAUUACUUUUUAAUUUACAGUAAAGUUACUUUUUUAAAUAAGUAACCCCAGUUACGCCAGUACCUACGUCAGCAUCCAUUUACUCAUUUUUGCACAAAAACAUAUUUAGGAUUCCUCAAGAUUAAUAAAAACAGUGAAAUGCAAACUCAGAAUAUGACCUGCAAUAAUUAAAUAUGUUUAUAACUGAAUUUACGUUUCCUGAGGCGUAUUCAUUUCACUUUCGGUGUGAAAGGGCUUUUACAUAUGCCAAAAAUAUAACUUUAUUUAUAUUAAAAACAUACAAGCAAGUCAGCCUAGAUUAGAAAAAGUAACGUAGCGCAUUACUUUCCAUAAAAAGUAAUACAUAAGUAAAUAAGUUAUACAACUGACCCUUUGCAAACAGCUUGAUUGACAGGUGAUCUGACCAAUCGUAACGCCAAAUCCGCCCUUCUGUCCGACAAACAAAUCAGACAGGAGAGUAGAUUAACUUCGGUGGAAACUUGAAACAUUUAGUGUACUGACAUAUUUCUGCCUUUCUGCGGUUGAAAUAAAAUACGUUUGGGUGUU